AUGACUAAAAGAACUAGAAAAGUAGGAAUCACCGGUAAAUUUGGUGUCAGAUAUGGUUCAUCAUUAAGAAAACAAACCAAAAAGAUGGAAGUCCAACAACAUGCUAAAUAUGAUUGUUCAUUCUGUGGUAAAAAAACCGUUAAAAGAGGUGCCACUGGUAUCUGGAAAUGUUCAGCUUGUAGAAAAACUGUUGCUGGUGGUGCUUACACUGUCUCAACUGCUGCCGCUGCCACCGUCAGAUCAACCAUCCGUCGUUUAAGAGAUAUGGCUGAAGCUUAA